AUGAUCGUGGAGACGGCCCAGCUCCUUUGCAAUGUGCACCACCGAGCCCGUGAGAAAAACGCUCCCUGCGACCCUCCCUACACGAAGCGCGAUCGCAUCCCCUACAAGGAGUCUGCGGCCGGCCAUCGAAAGCUGGGUUCCAUGAUUUGGGUGGCCGAAUCUCUGGGAAACUACCGCUGGGCCGUGAAGCUGGGUUUGGCUCUCUGCCGGGAGUACAACCGCGGACGAGGGCGAGCCCGCGGAAAGCUCACGAAGCAUCGGACGCAGGCCGUCCUGGAGUGGCUCCGAGAUCACGAGCCGCGCUUCCGGAAGAAGAAGCGCACGCAGGUUAGAAAAGUUCAUCUGGCCAUGCCGGACAAGUUUAAGAAUGCGAGGAGUCCCGUAGAAGCCUACCGGGACUACUACUUCUCCAAGCGCCGUACCAUGAAGAUGGAGUGGCCGGAAGGGGCGGUGCCCUCCUGGUGGAAGUCACGCGCCGAAAGAGGUGACUUGAGUGGAGCAGAGGAUAUCCAGGGAGCGCAAGAGUGA